AAUGCACUAUUUGACUUUCUCCCCUCAGACGGCGCACAUAAACAAACGCGCGUUACAAGAGCACACUUUGCAAAGCACCCAUCAGCACUGACACACUCAGCAGCACGGGGACGGACGCAGACUCGCUCCUUAGAGCCACUCGGGAGUUUGAUGAUUUCUUUUUUAUUUCAUUUUCUACUUUUUAUACUUUAGAAAAGUAAGUGGAAGGAACGGAACUUUUUUUUCCUUUUCUUUUUCUAAUGCCGACGAAUCCAGCGCCUCUCCGACAUUACUAAGAGUGCUUUUAUUAUUAUUUUUCUUUCCUGUCAUUAUUUUUACCUCUUUGCGGUUGUUCUGGAUGGAAAACGGAUACUUCACGCGAAGUUAUUAGCCCACUACAUGUAAAGACGGAACCGCUACAGCAAACAAGCACAGGUUCGGAAGAGCGCGCCCAGCCGAGCUCGGAGCCCCGGCGGUCGGACACUUCCUUAGCGACGCCCGCCGAGCCCUCCCCGCUCCAGGAGCCCUGCCCCGGCCGCAGCCACGCCACCCCUAAAUCCCGGACACCCAGCACCAUUCAGCGCGAGGCUCUUUCACCAGAUCUAUGGCAUUCUGACAAUGAACAAGCGCACUCAGUUAUUGGAACAGCUGCAGUUUGUCCAGUUGAAAUGCACACCUCGAGAUAUGCCCUGUGUGCAGGCUCAGUACGGGCCGGCCCCUCCAGGCUCAGCCUACUCUGGCCAGUCCUUCAGCUACCAGACUGAAAGCUACAGCUCUGACCUCAUGACCCCCGACUACACCAAGCUGGACCUGGGUGGGGGUGAGAUCUCUGCAGCUGCCACCACCUCUCUCCCAAGCUUCAAUGUCUUUGUGGACGGGAGCUACGAGCCUAAGUCCUCGUGCCUCUACCAGAUGCCCACGCACAGGCCCACCAUCAAAAAGGAGGAGGAGAGCUACCCAACUGCCCCACCCCUGGAGGCCAUGUCCUCCUCCACCAUGUACUUUAAACAGUCUCCCCCUUCCACUCCGACAACCCCGUCUCUGCCACCCCAGCCGGGCACCUCCUUCCUGUGGGGGGAGGAGCACCCCCUGGCUCCUUCUCACCCUCACUCUCUACCUUCCAGCCUGGAGACCGGCCCCCUCAAGUCCCCCCGUUUUCCGCACUUCUACCAGCAUUCGCCGCCCCACAGUGGAGGCAGCGUCGGCGGUUAUGAUAGCCUGGGAGGAGGGCUGGUUCGCACCUCUUCUUCCUCCUCUUCCUCCUCCUCAUCAGUUUCCCAUCCUCACGUCCCACCCCUGGAGCAGCCUCUGUACCAGCUGCACCGCGGAGCAGGGAGCAGCAGCCUCGCCUUUCGCUCCCUGGCACUUGGACCUUGUGGCCCUCUACUAGCAGACAGCUUGCCCUCUCCACCCCCGCGUGGCCCACAGGGAGAGGGAACCUGCGCGGUGUGUGGAGACAACGCGGCUUGCCAGCACUACGGCGUACGCACAUGUGAGGGCUGCAAAGGCUUCUUCAAGCGCACCGUGCAGAAAAACGCCAAGUAUGUCUGUCUGGCCAGUAAGAACUGUCCUGUGGACAAGAGGAGACGCAACCGCUGCCAGUACUGCCGCUUUCAGAAGUGUCUGAGCGUGGGGAUGGUGAAGGAAGUGGUGCGUACUGACAGCUUGAAGGGGCGUAGAGGUCGUCUGCCUUCCAAACCAAAGAGCCCCCUGCAGACGGAGGCAUCUCCUCCUUCUCCACCCCUCAGCCUCCUCUCUGCUCUGCUCAGGGCUUAUUCUCACUGCACACCUCGUGACCUUGACUACAGCCAGUUCAGCGCUGCCGACCCGCCAUCCUCCUCCUCGGACGUCGAACACAUCCACCUCUUCUACAGGCUACUCACCAUCUCGAUGGAGACCACAAGGUGCUGGGCGGAGAGGCUGCCCGGCUUCUCCGAGCUUCAGCGUGACGAUCAGAACCUGCUCAUAGACUCCGCCUUCCUGGAGCUGUUUGUGCUGCGAUUGGCUCACAGAUCGAUGCUGUCGGAGGAUAAACUAGUGUUCUGUAACGGCUUGGUGCUGCACAGGUUCCAGUGCCUUCGUGGGUUCGGAGAGUGGCUGGACUCCAUCCAGGAAUUCUCCGCUCACCUCCAGAACCUAAAUCUGGAUACCUCUGCCUUCGCCUGCCUGGCCGCCCUUGUGCUGCUCACAGAGCAAAUGCCCGGUCUGAAGGACUCAAAGCGGGUUGAGGAGUUGCAGAAUAAAGUGAUCUGUUGUCUCAGAGACCACCUGGGCUGCAGUCCUUCAUCCUCCUCGUCCAAAGCCGCACCUUCUCUGAGUCGUAUUUUGGGUAUAAGGGAAGAGCUUCGUUCCCAGAGGACCCAAGGCCUUCAGCGAAUCUUCUACCUGAAGCUGGAGGAUCUGGUAGCGCCUCCGCCACUGAUUGACAGGUUCCUGGACACUCUGCCCUACUGACGACUCGGGCUAACCAUGCAGCAAAAUGAACCCACGUCACGUCCUGUCAAGGCCUUUCCCCAAAGGAGCAUGCAAACACACCCAGAAGAGAGAGAAGAGGCACUCUCUCUCUCUCUCAAGACUGAUGCAGCGCACGGAGAGCCAAUCUAAUAUUUUUGACUCGACGGGGACAACCAAACGAGAGCGCCUUUCACUCAAACGGACUACCAGCUAAAUGCUUUUCACCUGUAUAAAAGACAAUUACUCAAACGCUUUACCACUUUUUAUUUGGUCCUCCUGUUUCGCCCCACGCUGGGAGGAGGGGGAAGGAUGAUGAGGCUGAGAUGGACAGGAGAAAAGUGACUUUUUUUUCUUUUUUUUUUGACUGUCCUCGCUCCAUCUGGGUUGCAGCUUAUUCGGCAAAAAAAACAAAAAACAAAAAAAAA